AUGUCAUCAACUAAUCGCAUCGAUCAAUCAUUCGACGCCUCUAAAAAGGUCCAAUCUUCAAAAUCGCCAAUUCCAAAAGUCCAAGCCUUCGAAGGCUCCGCAGCAACUGUGAAUGACAUAGUCAAUGCACUCAAACUUGCUGGAGGAGUUAUCGUGCGCAACUUCCUAGAUUUGAAAGACAUAGAUCGGAUAUUGAAGGAUGUCAAUCCAUAUCUAGAUGCAGACAAGCCCUGGGAUGGAGACUUCUUCCCUCCGGAGACACGACGAGCUUUUGGCUUAAUGGGCAAAUCUCAGACGUUCGCGACAUCGAUUGUCGGGAAUCCGCUCUGGAUUGGUGUCACUGAUUCCUUGCUCACUAGCCAUAUCAAGUAUAAUUGGGUUGGCGACAAGAACGAAGAGAGUAUCAGUUUCCCCCAAGUCCACAACACCAUCGCUUUUCGUAUUGGACCUGGAGCAAGAGCCCAGGCUCUUCAUCGUGAUGAUGUCCCCCACCACCCUGAUCACCGUGCUGUUGCUGAGCAUGUCCUCGGUAGAGACUAUGGUGUUGGUUUAUUUGUCGGCGCCACGCGAAGCACAAAGGCGAAUGGUGCCACCCGCUUUAUUCCAGGAUCCCAUCUAUGGGACUACCGAGAAGGACCGCCAAAAGAAGAGCAAACUGUCUAUGCAGAACUGAACCCUGGUGACGCCUUCAUGAUGCUUUCGGGAUGUUUUCAUGGGGGUUCCGCGAAUGUGACGAAAGAUGAGGAACGUGUCCUCUUGUCUACGUUUAGUACUAGGGGCUGGUUGAGACAGGAAGAAAAUCAGUACUUGGCGAAUAGUAUUGAUUCGAUUCGGGGACUCCCUCCAGCGCUGCAGGAGCGGAUGGGAUAUGCGGUGAGUCGGCCAUUCUUGGGCUGGGUAGAUCUUCGAAGCCCGAUGUUGUUGAUCAAUGCAGAUGAGUUUGAGUCCCGGGAGGAUCUUCUGUAG